AUGGUGCUUGUUGCUGGUACAAAAGUUAAAAUUGUGAAGAAAAAGGUUACAAAGUUCAAGAGACAUGAGUCCGAAAGAUAUCAUCGUCUGAAGCCCAACUGGCGCAAACCAAAAGGUAUUGACAAUCGUGUUCGUCGUCGCUUUCGUGGUAUGCGAGCUAUGCCCACUAUUGGUUUUGGAUCAGACAAGAGAACAAAGUUUGUUCUUCCAUGUGGCUAUAAAAAGGUGCUUGUCAGAAAUGUAAAGGAUCUUGAUAUGCUUCUUAUGCAGUCUUUUCGCUACAUUGGUGAAGUAGCUCAUACAGUCUCUGCGCAGUCUCGGAAGGCUAUCGUAGAACGUGCUGCACAACUGAACAUUAAGUUAACAAAUGGACACGCACGUAUUCGCACCGAAGAGAGCGAAUGA